AUGAGCCUGCAGCAGCAGCCGCCGCCAGCGCCUGCAGCAGCUGCCGCCCCUGGACCCGGUACGCUCUGUGCUGCCCUGCCUGUGCUGCCCGUGCAUGUGCUGCCCUGUGCUGCCCUGUGCUGCCUGUGCCUGUUGCUGCCUGUGCCUGUGCUGCCCGUGCCUGUGCUGCCCGUGCCUGUGCUGCCCGUGCCUGUGCUGCCUGUGCCUGUUGCUGCCCGUGCCUGUGCUGCCCUGUGCUGCCUGUGCCUGUUGCUGCCUGUGCCUGUGCUGCCCGUGCCUGUGCUACCCGUGCCUGUGCUGCCCGUGCCUGUGCUGCCUUUGCCUGUUGCUGCCCGUGCCUGUGCUGCCCUGUGCUGCCUGUGCCUGUUGCUGCCUGUGCCUGUGCUGCCCGUGCCUGUGCUGCCUGUGCCUGUUGCUGCCUGUGCCUGUGCUGCCCGUGCCUGUGCUGCCCGUGCCUGUGCUGCCCAUGCUUGUGCUGCCUGUGCCUGUUGCUGCCCGUGCCUGUGCUGCCCUUUGCUGCCUGUGCCUGUUGCUGCCUGUGCCUGUGCUGCCCGUGCCUGUGCUGCCAGUGCCUGUGCUGCCCGUGCCUGUGCUGCCUGUGCCUGUUGCUGCCCGUGCCUGUGCUGCCCUGUGCUGCCUGUGCCUGUGCUGCCCGUGCCUGUGCUGCCCGUGCCUAUGCUGCCCGUGCCUGUGCUGCCUGUGCCUGUUGCUGCCCGUGCCUGUGCUGCCCUGUGCUGCCUGUGCCUGUUGCUGCCCGUGCCUGUGCUGCCCGUGCCUGUGCUGCCCGUGCCUGUGCUGCCCGUGCCUGUGCUGCCUAUGCCUGUUGCUGCCCGUGCCUGUGCUGCCCUGUGCUGCCUGUGCCUGUUGCUGCCUGUGCCUGUGCUCCCCGUGCCUAUGCUGCCCGUGCCUGUGCUGCCCGUGCCUGUGCUGCCUGUGCCUGUUGCUGCCCGUGCCUGUGCUGCCCUGUGCUGCCCGUGCCUGUGCUGCCCUGUGCUGCAUGUGCCUGGUGCUGCUCGUGCCUCCUGUUGCUGA